UCAUUCUUGUUGCCUCUCUUUUUUUCCUUCUUCUAAUUUCGUUUUCGAAGCCCACCGUCGUCGGCCCGCAGGACAAAUUUUGUGACGAGUUUUUCGCGUUUUUCGGCACGCAAUUCUAGCCCGAAUCGGUUUCCGCGUGCGGUGGCCACUGCCGGCAGCAGAGUGCGAGUGGUUCCGGAACCGGGUUUUGCGACGGCGGCCGGAACAAAAUUUUCGCCUUGAAGGAAAGUUUUUUUUUUCUUCCUUUUUUUUUGGCUGCUCACUUUUGUGUGGUUGGUGGUGGUGCGGACUGACAGAACGCGCUUGCUUGUGUUUGUGUGAGUGUGUAUGUGCGUCGUUCUCGGACUGGAAGCAGAAUAUUUUCGAACCCCGGAACGGGAACGCAAAAGAAGCAGCAGCAGCUGUGGAGGAGAAGGAGGACACCGAAUUGUGUGGUGCAAGAAAACAUUGUGCAAGCAUCUUGUCACAACAACCGGGAGAACCUUCCCCCAAAGCUAUGUGUAGCUAGUUGAAGUAUGAACGUUUUCAACCAAGUGAUACCUAGUAUGAAUCCGCAAGAACUUAGUACUAUGGUUUGGAUGGGACAGUUCGCCUCACCACUGGAUGAAAACCUGACCAAUAUGUACGGACAGCCGGUGCCAGCCGUGAUGGACGACAUUGCCCAGCCGACCCCGUCAAUGGACAUGAACCCGGCGAUCGGAUCACUGAUCGGUGACUACAGUGGCCACGUGACGGCCAUUCCCACGCCCGGCGGAGGCCUCGCGGCCCUCCCGAAUCCCGAGCUGGCCAUCACCAAUCCGGAGCUGUUCAAUCUCCAGCAGCAGCAACUUCAGCUGCAGCAACAGCUCAGCAUGGGCAACUACAGUUUUCUGGAGCAAAGUGGGCUUGCGGGUCAGCUGGCUGCCGCGGCCGCCGCAGGAGCUGCUGCAGCUGGAGCCGCUGCCGCCGCCGCCGGAAGAACCACCAACGAAACGGGCCCCCCGACCAUGGUCGACGACGACGACGAUGAGCCUGGACUGACCGACGAGGAGCGCGCCAUGCAAACGUACGAGCAGUACCAACGAAUGGUGGACGCCAACGAGUUCCUGUCCGUAACGGGCCAGGAAACCUUGCUCAGCUACAAGCUGAUGAACGAAGCCCAGCUCCUCCAACCGCAGGGCAACUUUCUCGACUUUGACGUGCACGACGACGACGGUUCCUCUAGUCCGACCCACGACAUGAAGCUGGCCGGCAUGGCGGAACACAUGGCGGCGGCGUCCGCCAGUGGCAUGAUGUCCUCCGGUGGUUCCCAGCACGGACACGGAGAAUCCGGUGGCGGUGGCGGCAGCGGGUCGGCGGCCAUCCGAUUCCCAAACAAGAAGAUUAAACCCGUCAAGCGGCCCGGGCUGGUCCUGAAGACACCGAUCGCGUACAAGGGCGACAUCGAUCCGUCGGUGAUUCCGAUCCAGCGCGAUGGAAUGGCAAUUUGCGAAAAGUGCGGCGCAAUAGGUGUGAAGCACUCGUUCUACACCAAACAGCGCCGGUUCUGUAGCAUGACCUGUGCCCGCUCGUUCGACGCGUUACGUCUGUACGGUGGCAACAACAGCAGCAGCAGCAACAGCGGUCCUUCGGCACCUUCCUCCGUCGGUAAACUCCUAGCGGGUUCCACGACCACAACCCUGGACGACGGCAUUCCCUCGCUGGCCAAUCCGUCGGCCCUUCCGCCCGAACAGCUGAUAGACGACUCGGCCGCCGAGGACGACGAGCUUUCGAACGGGGGUUCCACGUCGGCAGCGGCCGCGGCCAUCCCCGAGGAACUCAUCGACAGCAAACAUCUACUUCAGCAACAGCAACUCCAACUGCAGCAACAGCUGGCCCUGCAGCAGCAACUACAACAACAACAACAACAACAGCAUCAUCAACAUCAACAGCAGCAAGUACAAAAUAUCAACUAUCGAUUCAAAAUGUCUCAGAUUGGAAGCGACAAUAGCAAUCACGGUGUAAAUAGCGACAAAACUAUCACUCACGAGAUCGUUCCCCAGGACGAGAUUCCGCAGCUUCCGCGGGGAACGCGUCUCCCAUCGCCUUGUCCGCAGGACGAACGGAUCAUCAGCAUCCGGCGGAAGCCGUCGGAGUUUAUCAACUCGUUCGACUGGACACCGGCCCUGUCGGAUCCGACGUUCUUUGCGGCACCGGUGACGUGCUUCCGGCACGCUCCCGGCUACGACAUGUGGCCCAACGUGGUCAUCGGCAUGAAGGUCGAGGUGGAGAACACCGACUGCGACCCGCAGCAGUCGGCCCUGAUCGGCGGAGCGCCGCACUCGUUCUGGGUGGCGACGGUGCUGCGGAUCUGCGGCUUCAAGGCACUGCUCCGCUACGAAGGGUUCGACACGGACUCCUCGAAGGACUUCUGGGUGAACCUGUGCUCGUCCGAGGUCCACCCGGUCGGAUGGUGCGCCACCCGGGGCAAACCGCUGAUCCCGCCACGGAGCAUAGCGAAGCCCUACAAAGAUUGGAAGGAGUUCCUCGUGAAGCGCCUGUCCAACGCCCGCACCCUGCCCUCGACGUUCUACAACAAGAUCAGCGAAAGCUUCAAGUCACGCUUCCGGGUUGGGCUGAACCUGGAGGUGGUCGACAAGAACCGCAUCAGCCAGGUGAAGGUCGCCUCGAUCAACAAGAUUGUUGGGAAGCGGCUGUACGUGCGGUACUACGACAGUCCACCGGACGACAACGGGUUCUGGUGCCACGAGGACUCGCCGCUGAUCCACCCGGUCGGGUGGGCCACCACCGUUGGCCACAAUCUGGCCGCGCCCGAGGAGUACAUGGAGCGGAUGAAUGCGGCCCGCGACCAGAUCCUGGAGCCGAAUGAGGACGACGCCACGAUGGACCUGUUCAAGACGAACUUCCACUUUGAGGAGUACUACCUGGAGGGCAAGCAGACCGGCUUCGAGGAGGGCAUGAAGCUCGAGGCGGUCGACCCGCUGAACCUGUCGUCGAUCUGCGUGGCGACGGUGAUGUCGGUGCUCAAGUUCGGCUACAUCAUGAUCCGCAUCGACUCGUACGAUCCGGACGUGAGCGGCGCCGACUGGUUCUGCUACCACGAGAAGUCGCCGUGCAUCUUCCCGGUGGGAUUCUGCACGGUGAACCAGAUCACGCUGACGCCGCCCAAGGGGUACGACCUGACCACGUUCACCUGGGACCAGUAUCUGGUGGACACGGACAGCAAGCCGGCCACGGAGGACCUGUUUCAUCGGGAUCCGAUUCGGCAGAAGUUUAAGGUUGGCAUGAAGCUGGAGUCGGCCGAUCUGAUGGACCCAAGACUGAUUUGCGUGGCGACCAUCUCGCGCGUCGUCGGCCGUCUGCUCAAGGUCCACUUUGACGGCUGGGACGACGAGUACGACCAGUGGCUGGACAGCGAGAGUCCGGACAUUUAUCCGAUCGGCUGGUGCGUGCUCGUGGGCCACAAGCUCGAGGGACCCCGCGUACUGCCGAAGGUUCCACCGGCGCAGAAAAUCUCCCCCAAAAUUCUCAAAAAGGGCAAACGGAAGAAAAAGACCAUGAAGUUCGAGCUGAACGUGUCCGAGCUGCACCCAGUGGCGACGACCCGCACGGCUUCGAUCAAGAAAGAGCAGGAACAAUUUGAACAGCAGAAACUGCUCAGCCAGAGCAGCAACGCGCCCUACUCGUUAGCGGAAAUGGACGACGACGAGGAAGACGACAGCGGCGCAUCCCUCUCCCUUCACCACCACCAAAUACAGUACACGCAGCAGCACCAGAGUACGCCCGUGACGGCGCCCACGCUGGACACGCACCACGUAACCGGUGCCACGUCCGCGUCCCUGCUCUCGAUCAAACACGAACCGCCGCACGAGCCCCUGCUCGGGCCCAUCUUUGACCAGUCCAACGAGAGCCUCGGCGUCGACGACGACGACAUGGCGGACCUCAAGACGGAGGACGAGGACGGCGAAUCGAACAGCGCCACCGGCAACCCCUCCUCAGCCCCGUCCGAAAUCACCGACAUCGAGAUGGAGAAAAUCAUUCCAAGGCUAAUCAAUGACAACGGAGGCAGCAGCUCGCCGGAGCCAAUGUCGGCGGCGGCGUCCGCGGCCGGCGGCCAAAUCAACCCGGACGCCUGGGACGUCAAGGACGUGGCCAUGUUCCUGACGGCGAACGACUGCUCCGUGCACUGCGAGCCCUUCCUCGCGAACGGCGUCGACGGCAAGCGGCUGCUGCAGCUCAGCAAGGACGACAUCAUCACGCUGCUCAACAUGAAGGUGGGCCCGUCGUUGAAAAUCUACGAUCUCAUCCAGCAACUCAAGUGCAAAAUCGACCCGAGCAAGUCGCGCCUGCUGCUCAAGUCCAGCCUGGGCAAGAAGUUUCUGUAGCGGGCCGGCGUGCAAUCGUCGCGCCGCCGCCGCCGCCACAAUCCAAGAGUAUUAAUUUAUGUCUCCGCGUGCUUGAUUCGAGCGCAGUCGCAACCGCCACAAAUCUGGCGUUUAUUUAGGGAAGCUUUUCUUUUUUUUUUUUGUUUUUAUUGGUAGAUUUUUUUCCGUGUAGCAAAGUUUAUAGGUCUCUUUUUUUUUAAACCAAGUACUCUUUCUGUUGUGAUGAAAGCGAAGUCUCUUUUUUUAAUCAUUAUCAAAUAGUGUCGGUAAAUUCCAAAGCUUUGUGUCGUAGUGCAGUUGGGAGAGUUAGAUUUUCUUUUUUCGCGAAAUGAACAUUUCCAGUGUGAGGCAGGGAAGUGUGGGAAAAGAAAGAAAGCAAUUACCAAAAACCUAACACAUGGAAGGAAACACCACUUAGAUGAAGGGGGGAGGGAAACAUAAUCAGGAGCGCGAAACGGUCACGGGUGGAAAGUCGCCUCAAGUUUGGUGUGUAGAGACGGAGAGAGAAGUUGCUCGAAUUGCUAUCAAGAUAGGUUUACUUACACAGUGUCUAAACAUCAAGCAAACAAGCGAUACAAAACGUAUAAAAAGUAUACACGAAAUUGUAUAAAGGUAAAAAAGUCUAAAACGCUAAGGUAGUAUAAUGUUUCAGAAUUUAUUGGAGUAUCUUUUUACGAGGAGAAAGAGAAAAGUAAAAGUAUAUUUAGAGUGUAGAAGCCAACAUGGAAGAAAUACAAAGCAAAAGGAAGUAAUAUUUCUUGAAAAUAG